CAGGAGCAAAGCGCGCUCAGAACGGAAGCCACAGCUCUUCCUACUGCAGUCUCCGCAAGACUUAGCGCCUAACAGAAAACAAGAUGUGCAAAGGACUUGCAGGUCUGCCAGCUUCUUGCUUGAAGAGUGCAAAAGACAUGAAGCAUCGACUAGGCGUCUUGCUGCAGAAGUCUGAUUCCUGUGAGCACAAUUCUUCCCACAAGAAGGACAAAGUUGUCAUUUGCCAAAGGGUGAGCCAAGAAGAGCUCAAGAAAUGGGCUGAAUCCUUGGAAAAUCUGAUUAGCCAUGAAUGUGGACUGACAGCUUUCAAAGCUUUCUUGAAGUCGGAAUACAGUGAGGAGAAUAUUGAUUUUUGGAUCAGUUGUGAGGAGUACAAGAAGAUCAAAUCAGCAGCCAAGCUUAGUCCCAAGGCCAAAAAGAUCUACAAUGAAUUCAUCUCAGUCCAGGCAACCAAAGAGGUGAACCUGGAUGCUUGCACUAGGGAAGAGACAAGUCGGAACAUGCUGGAGCCUACCAUAACCUGCUUUGACGAGGCCCAGAAGAAGAUCUUCAACUUGAUGGAGAAGGAUUCAUACCGCCGCUUCCUCAAGUCCCAAUUCUAUCUUGAUUUGAUCAACCCUUCCAGCUGUGGGUCAGAGAAGCAGAAAGGAGCCAAGAGUUCUGCAGACUGUGCUUCUCUGGUCCCCCAGUGUGCCUAAUCCCACUGGGAGGUGGAUGGCGGAAAUACCAAGACUUGGCUCUGGAAAACUGAGGCCGCAUAUUGAUCUGUAUUAAGCACCAAUGCUUUAACCAUGUUGUAGCCUAGUCUCCAUGCUGCCCAGCAUGUGCGAGCCACUCUCAUGUAGAAACUAGAUUCCAUUUUGAUGUGUUGGUGUUCAUUGGGACAGGACAACAUUCCAGUCCAAUUUCCCCCAAUUUUUUUAGGGUGCCAUUGGAGCAAGUUUCCAAAUAUUGGCCUUGUAGGUCUGACUUUUCAAAGAUCAUUGGGUCUGACUUUUCAAAGAUCAUUGGGAGGGCUCUCAGCCACCAGUGUGACCUCAGGGUGGUCGGUUGGUACACGUCACGUGACAUGCAGACAUAUGUACUUGUAUUCUGUUAGCCAGCACUUUCUAUAAGCUUCACAUGAGGUUGAUUUAUGUAUAUAUCUAUGUGCGUGUAUACUUCUGCAAGAUGGCAAAGACCCUAGGUGCUCAUAACUAUAGUGUAUGCACAUCCUCACAUGCAUGUUUUGAUCCCUGGUCCUUCAUUUGCAAUGGAACAGGGCAAACUGCAUUCAACACCAGGCAGACCAAGGACGGAAUGCUGCUUUGUGGACAGUUGAUUCUGUAAAACUCUGUGUGUCUUGCUAGAGAGACAUCCACGUUCUUUACACUUAAUUUAACUACUGACGACUUCCAAGUUGGGCAGUAUUCUAGGGGGCAAAUAUCAUAAAGAAGCGUACCUGAUUCCUGCCUGAGAUUGGUAUUAUCACUAAUGGCACUUUUGAGUCCUGGAGCUGUUGGCCUUACUGCCUUUGCCUGGGUGCUUAGUUUAAGAGGACCAGUAGCUGGGCUUGGUAUGAAGUUGGGUGGGUGGGAUAUUUGAUCUCAAUGAAGAAAUGGAGCCAGGGCCUUGGCGGCGCUAGCUAUCCUAUGAUGCUGGCUGAGCAAGGGCAUGGGAUUUUGAAGUGACUAUUCCGACCCUCUGUUUAUUGCUUCUCCUAGUCAAGGCGCUCUCCUCACUUUGUUUCUCCUGAGAACCGUAGCCAUCAAAUACGGUUCCUUAGGUCAUUGCUCUCUUCGUUGUUUUUCCGUAAUGACCCUCAGCUAUUGGUCAACCCUUAGAAACCAGCAGCUGGCGAGAGAUUAUAUUUUAAAGGGGAAACAUGUUUUCACAAACUGAAAAGCUAUCGUGCGUUUUCUCUUUUGAGGCAGAACGCUGACCAUUCCAUUUCAAACUUUAGGGUGAACAGAGACUGAGGUAUUUCCUUCUGCACCCCGAGAUUAAAAUGAGAGCAUAUGGGAGGGACCCACUGUUAGAACUACUGCUUGGAACUUUUCAAGGCUGACGAAAUACUUGAAAUUUGCUCAUUUGUGUUAUUUAUGAUGUCUUGUAUAAUAUUUUUAUCAUUGUGUUGUUUUAUAAAUGGAGGUGCAGGAUAUUACCUGAAUUUGUAAUGAAUGGCCAGGAAGUAAUUUUUUCUCAUUCUUCUAAAACUACUACCUUUGGAAGCGCAUACACAGACCCACACACACUGCACCAGUUUCUCAAGUGUAAGUCAUAAGCUUAGCACCUUAGUGGCUUUUAAGUCAAUAUCUGGAGUGCAAAAUGAAGACACUAGAGUGUGUGUGUAAAAGUCCACCAUUUUAAAGAUACAGGUUUUCUCAAUUGUACCUUUCUAUUUUUCUGGAAUCUUGCUCUCAAUGUCCCUAGAGUUCUUUUCCAUAGACGUAGUCCACAAUUCUGUCUCUCAUUGACUGCAGGAUGUAAAAUAUGUCACUCUUUUGGCCUGGUCCUCUUACAACUAUCACAACCUUCACCUUGUACCUGUGCUCACAGAUGGCUGUUGCACACCGGGACUGGGGAGGUCAUUCUGAAUGAGAAGUAAAUUAUUUUAUGUAAUACA